CUGCCUGUCACACGCAAGAAGCCAGCCCUAUUGUCGAGCCGUCGUCGAUGCUUAGUGCUCAGCAUCCUUCUGUGUUCCUGCUCGCCCUCAUCCCGCCCACGCACAAGCUCUGGCUCUCAAUCACAGCGUUGCGUCACUAACGAGCUAGCGCCCUCACAAGUAGGUCAGCGGAAAUCAGGGCCCACCACCCAGCUGUGACUUGGUGAGCUGAAGUCCGGUAGUCAGCAGCAAGCAUCGCCAGGCGGCCUCCCAGCUGCCCACGCAGGUCUGCCAUCACUCGCACCGGACACCAGCACCAUGACACACCGUGGCAGCGGCGACCGAGGGGUGCCAGCCACUGAAGAUGUGUAGAGCUGUAAUCUAAGCUGACCAAACUACACGGCCGUUGCUGGCAGUCAUGUCCAAGGAGGAGAGAACCCGCCUGGUGUCUGUAGACAGUGUCGGUGGCGGUGUGACCAAACCAGGAGACGAGGUGCAUCAUUCCCCGGGUGACAGCCUGCCUCCAAGCAAGCGAGGCAGUAAAGAUGUGCCAAGGGACCAGGGGGACGAGCAUGCUGACACGAGCGCGGGCUCUACUACCAAGCGGAAGCGGAGUUGUCCCAUGUACUUCGGCGUGAAGUCGUACCUGCAUCAGUUCUACGACACUCACACUAGCUACAAGGACCCGUCGGUCUACGAAGACGACGACGAUGCGUACCUGCUGCACCCGAACCCACGGCGCCGGCGCUGUCCGCCCAUCUGGUGGAAGAUCUUCAUGUGGGUGGGCGUCAACCUGCUGCUGUUCGGGGUGGUGGGGAUCUUGGUCGGCUAUCUGGUGCCUCCCAAGACCGAGAUCGUAGGCGAGAAUAAGCCGGCCGGUGAGUGGUACAUUGACACCAGCGCCAAGAGCUACAACACCACCCUGGACAUGUGCAAACUCAUCGGCCUCGUUCUCUUCUGCAUCGGCGGCAUCACGCUGGCCAUGUCGCUCCUCUUCCCCAGCUUCUUCAGCCACUACUGCGAAGACGACGCCGAUGAUGUCCUGAAGGUGCCGCUGCGACCCGGCGGCGGCGACGACAUCGAGGCCGGCGGGAAGGCCCCUCUCAGCCCCAUCGAGAUGACCAUCCCUGCCACCUCCAAAGUCAAGGGAGUGCAGCCCGCCCGAAAGCUACCCGAGUCCUCCACCCCAUCAGCGACAGGGGCCGUGGCGUACAAGGACUGAUGCAUGCCGGAAGACACGGUCUUAGGCUCUCUCUCUCCAUCGCCAGUCUCUUCACAUGCUUGUUGUUUGCUUGUAAUGCAGCGCGGUACGAACGCCUGCAGUCGCAGACCGCCACAACACAGCCUCGUGCUACUCACGGGUCGAUGAGUAAAGCGUUCUCGGAUGACUGUUGUCUUGAGUAAACAGUGGACUGGUAAUCGAUGUUUCACAACUUGAGAUUGUCAGGCUGGCGCUGCGGGUGGCUGUAAUGUUCCUGGAAACGUCGCCUGCCUCAGCUUAGUGUCGUUCGUUAUCAACAGUCGUUUCUUGACGUUCCGUAGAAAUAGGGCAUAGCAAGGAAGGAACUGCCAGAGUUUCGCUAGCGACUGUGUAUGAUGAAUCUUUCUGACAUUUGCAAUGUUCAUAGCUAUGAUUAUUUCAAUUAAUACCAGCAUAACAAAAGGAUGUCUUGUUUUUUAAGUGGCUUUUUAAAACAAAUUCUUGCAGAUAUCAAGAGGCUAAUGUAUGAGGAAGGACAAGGGCUGGAAUCUGGAAAAUGGCAGAAAUUAAGUAUCCUCUCAUACUUUUAGAGGGAAUCAAAUAUUCAAUGUAAUCAAAUCUGAAAAAUUUGGGGGGAAGCACAGAAAUUAAACACUGCCCUAUAAGUCAUAUUUUAUCCAUUUAAAAAAAAAAUCGUAACGUUUGUGUAGCAAUCAUGACAAAUACUGAUUUGCAAAAAAUUAAAAAAAAAAAAAUUAAGUGCCAAAUGAAAUUCUUAUUAAAAAUACAAUCUGAUGACCGAUUGUUCAAAAAGGGGUAAAUCAGUAUUUUUAAAUAGACAAAAUUUUUUAAAGGUUCAAAAUAUUGUUUCAUACAAAAUGUCCCAAAUCAGGCCUUUCAUAAAUUCUGUUGAUACAGUACUAAGGCCAGCUAACAUUAAUCAGAAAAUCUGAAGGGUUCAAAUACGUUGCUAAAUCUUAGCAUAUAAUUAACAACCAUUAUUUACAUCACAUUUUGCCAUUAACAAUCUUGUGUGAACUUGAAAUAAAAUUCACAUAAAUAUA